CUCCGUGUUGACGGAAAUGCUGCAGGAAUGGCAAGAAACGAAGAGAAGCAGUUUGGAAGACUGAAUCGACUGUGGCUCCAGAAAGAGAGAGAAGAGGGUCGCAUUAAAGAUGUCAACGUGUCACGGCCAAAGCUUGCAACGUUAAAUUCAGUGGCAGCAGUGAAGAAGUGGAUGCCGAGCAUCAAGAAGGAGAUAGAGUACUAUCUGCAGCAGUCGCAGUUAUCUCAUUACCCAGAAAGGAAGAUAGACGAGUUCCGUCUGCAUAUCGAAGAACUCGAGAGAGAAUACAAACGCUACCUGAAGAAACUGCGCUCCCUUGACCCUACCUGCAAACACAAGCCUUGGGAACCUCGAGCAUACACCAAGAGGAGGCAGGAGCCAAGCCAUCAAAACACCUCCAAAAAACUGUGCCUCCAUAGCAGAGAAGAGGAUGUUAUUGAGGACACAGAGGCAGCAGGAAACCACACAUCUCUCACUAAUAUACAAGAACUUCCCUCCCCAUCGGCUACUGUUUCCACCGAAGCCUCUGAUCUCCCCGACCAGGACCUCCCGCUGUGCUUCGAUCAGGCCCGGAUUGCGGUGGCGGUGGCCAGUUCACGCGUGGCUCUCGCCGGGCAGCAGCAAGACACAGGUACACUGACUCGAGUGUUGCUCACCGGCCUGCCCAACCUCCACAGCCUCCCGCUAGCACAGGCAGCAGCAAACGAAGGAACGCGGCAGCCUUUGAAAGUUGAAACAGACCAGAGUAAAACAAAACUUUUACCGGGACUCGGCUGCUACUCGUCGUCCUCCGAUGAGGAAAUAUAGCUUACUGAAAUUUCAGUUUGUGAAAUUUCAUCAUGCUUAUUUGAUGAUGAAACAUUAGUUGUUUUUAUUUUUUUUUUUGUUGGUUAAAUACAUGGGGCUAAGACAUUUUAACAUUUGAUAUUCAUAAUGUCACUUAAAUAUUUUCACAUUUGGUGCAUGAAACUGAAACUUGAAAGAAAAAAAAUUCCAUGUGAAACCUGAAAGCUGUAAAUCACCUGUGUUUGUGUGUUUAUACUGUUUGUCUUAACCUAGAAUAUUCCAGCUGUGAAUGUGUUAAGAUGAUAGUCUCAAGAAAUGAAAGGAAAUGGUUGAGGUGUGGUUAAAGUAAUAUUCUGAAUGGGAAUUAGUGAUUGGUUGUUGUCAUAAACAGAAAGUAGGAAGUGUUUACUUUUACAUAAGAUUAUCUAAGUACAUCUCCUUCGGUGUCUAUAUGGUUUCAAUUUCAACCACAAGAUAUUUUACAGAUUGAUGCCAUGGGAGACACCUUUUAAGUUGCACGACAAACAUUUUAUUCUCGUUCUUUAUUAAAUCAAUUAUGUUCUUGUGCUUUAAAAAAUCUAGUAAACAAACACUGAUUUGAAGAACUGAUAAUGUAAUGCUUAAUCAUUGAAGCAGUCAACUCAAGAACCAUGUGAAAUAAAAAAAAAUGCUCUUUGUUGAACUUCAAAGUGCGCAGAACCAUUGAA